AUGAAAGUUACAUCCUUAAUCAGCUUUAUUUUACUAGCCUCUCUUUCCAACUUCAAUUUGGUUUCGGCCGCUGAAGAAAAAAUAAAAUUCGGCUAUACAGGAUCGAUAGGUCCAGAUGUUUGGCAUUUACUCUCCGAAGAAUCCAAAGUUUGUCAAACAGGGAAAAUGCAAUCUCCAAUUGAUAUCAUUUCACAAGAUUUAAAAACUUUGGCAAAACCACCACAACCAGAAUUCAAAAAUGCUAAAGAUGUUGUAUCAUUUAAUAAUGGUAAUACGGUUGAAGUCUUCUCAGGAAAAGAAGGAACUCCUUUACCCGCCACUAUCAAAGUUGACGGGGAAACCUACGAUUUACAACAAUUUCAUUUUCAUACUCCUUCAGAACAUAGAAUAAAUGGUAAACAUUUUGAUAUUGAACAACACUUGGUAUUUACAAGUAAAGAUGAGAAAGUUAGCGUUGUGGCAGUAUUUUAUGAUGUUGGUAAAGAAGAAUCAAAAUUCAUGGCCCCUAUCGUUAAGGAUUUACCUAAAAACAUUGACGAUGAAAAGAAAAUCAAUGAGAUUGAUCUAUCCGGUUUGUUAACCGACAUUCAAAAUAUUACUGCUGCUUUCACUUAUUCCGGUAGUUUAACUACUCCUCCUUGUACUGAAGGUGUCACUUGGUAUGUUAAUAAAGAUGCUCAAGUGGUUUCUCUUGAUCAAUUCUUGGGAUUAAGAGAUGUUACAGGAUUCAAUUCUCGCUUCACUCAAUUAAGAGCAGAGGAUCAAAUUAAAUUAGAGAAUGAUAUUAAUCAUCAAAAACGUGAAAACAAGAGAUCUCUUUAUAAAUUUGAUCGAUUCCUCAAAAAUAAAUUUUGA